AUACUCAAAUAGUAAUUAGUUCAUAAUCUGUGCUCAAAUUAACGUUGUCCCUAGUUAGGAGAUCUUAAUCUGUGGCUUAGAUUACAAAAGUCAAACAGCGUCAGGUUUGCGUAAAUCAAGCGAUUUUAUGUAGAAUUUUGGAAAACAACAAUUGAAUUUUCAAAAUGUAUAAAAGUACUCCCGAUUCUUAAUUAUUGAAGUGUACCAGUUAAUUGAUUACUAAUUAUAAACUUCUUUCUUUAUGCUUGAUUAAUUCCACAUAUUCAAACCUGAUAAGUUCACCGCACAACAAAAUGUGGUACUUAACUUCAGAUCAUGAUAAAAGAGUUAUUUAUGUGCUUGAGGAUAAGAAAAUUAUAAUUGGCAGAAGUAUUGAUGCACAAAACUGCAAUUUUGCAGUACCCGAUGAUCCCUCAUUGAGUAGAAAACACGCAACGUUAUCACUAUCUGGAUAUGAUCUUAUUUUACAAGAUUCGGGAUCUAAAUAUGGAACAUACUUAAAUAACAGUUCUGAAAAGUUAAAUGGUGAUGUUAUUCACAAUCUAAAUUCUGGUGAUAUUGUAAAAUUUGGGAAAAUGAAUUGUGUAUGGAAAGUUAAUAAAAUAAAUUUUGUAACUUGUACUUCUACAAUUAAAGGAGAAAAUCUUCAAACAUUGAAAAUAAACUGGACUAAGCUGGGUGUAAUUUUCAAAACUGAAUGGGAUGACUCAUGUUCCCACCUAACAAUGCCUGCUAUAACAUUAACUAUUAAAGUAGUGCUUGCAUUGGUUCAAGGAUCAUCAAUUGUUACCCCAGAAUAUUGGACCAAAUGUAUUGAAGCUAUUAACAACAACUCAAUAUUGCCAAGCCCAAAUGAUUUUGUUCCCCAAGUAGUAGAAUCUACACUCAAUAAGGAAGCUGUCUCAUUUCUUCCUGAUGAGAAAAGGAAAUUAUUAUUUUAUGGAAAAAAAAUUAUAUUUUUUUCAAAAAGACAAUUAGAAAUGUAUAAAUUUGUUCUGAAGAAAAGCUCUGCUACUCCUUUAUUAUUAAGUGAAAGUAAAAUGACCAAGUCUGCUCUUUGUGAGCAAAAUGUAAUUGUUAUUCAGUAUAAUAUGACAACCACUUCACAAGAGUCACAAGCACAGAAAGAUCAGAUCAAUGAGAUAGUAAAUUACUUAAAAUCAAAAAGAAAAAGAGUCAUAGCUGAUGCUGAAAUUGGGUUAGCAGUACUUUAUUGCUCCACUAAUAAAUAUUGUAAUCCUGAUUUUAAUUUUACUUCUGAAGUUAUAAGACAAGUAGAUCCUGCUAUGAAAAGCAAUAAAAUAUUAGCUCAAGAAUCUCAAGAGCCAACACAAAAUUUGCAUGAGAAGGAGAAUGUUGUAAUCAAUGAAAGUUUACACUCAAAAAAUGAAACAAAUCAUGGAGCAGAAAUUGAUUGUGUUUUGAAAGGGAAACGAAAAUUAGAGGAUAAUGAAGACAAUCAAGGUAGUAAGAAAAAAGUCACUGAUAAUUUAUUAUGCACUAACAAAAAACGUGUUGCAGAAGAAGAAUUAAUUCAUAAUAGUAAAAAAAUUGCACUAGACCACUCAGAAGAUGAGGGUAAUAUGUUUAAUUUUGUUUCAACAAAAACAAAUGUAAGUGAUAAUUGCACUGACACAACAAAGAAGUUAAAUUUAUCGAAACCAUCUAAAAGAAAAUUGGUUACUGAAGAUAAUGACGAAGAUGAUUUAUUUAAUUUUGUUAAUAGUAAAAAACCUUGUGCUGAUAAGUCUGACUUUAGCACAACUUAUGAUGAAUUACAAAUUAAAAAAGAUGAUAGAAAAGAGAAUAGUAUUGACAUGGAAAAGUUAAGAGGAUCAAAGUUACAAGAAUUAAUGGCAACCAAUAAAGUCAUAACAAGAAUUAUAAAGAAAGAAGAUAUAUCAGAUCUAGAUGAAAAAUUCAGUAGCAUUGAUAUAGGUUCUACAAAAAUUGUUGUUAGAAAUGAUUUAAUUGUUAAAAGAGAACCAUUAGAAAUUAAAUCUGCUGAUGGAACCAUGAAAAAUUUCAAAAAGUUUAAAAAAAUAUGGCCUGUUAAAAUGCAGAUCUCUAUUAUAUCUUAAUGUAAAGAAAAGUUAUUUAUUAAAAAAUAAAAAUUGUAA